AUUGGUUGCGUUCAAAGUCGUUGACGGAAAUAAACAUAAUUUAAAUGAUUAUUAACUUAAAUAUUGGCCUGCUAGGUCACGUUGAUUCAGGUAAGACAACAUUAGCACGUGCAUUGAGUACCAUCUCUAGUACUGCUGCUUUUGAUAAAAACCCACAAUCGCAAGAGCGGGGAAUCUCGCUCGAUUUGGGGUUUAGCGCUGUAAUGGUCGAACCAGCCACAAGUCUGAAAUGUGUUGCUCCUGAAGUGGAACAAGUGCAGUUCACGUUUGUAGAUUGCCCUGGACACGCAAGCCUUAUUCGUACGAUCAUUGGCGGUGCACAAAUUAUUGAUUUAAUGUUGCUGCUUGUCGAUGCACAAAAGGGAAUACAAACGCAAACUGCUGAAUGUAUAGUUAUUGGCGAGCUUUUACGGCGUAAAUUAAUAAUAGUUGUGAACAAAAUCGAUUUAUUGGAGGAAUCUACGCGCGCUGCACAGUUACAAAAAUUAAAUGCAAAACUGAGAAAGACACUGGAACAGACAACAUUUGAUCCUGGAAGCAGCAUAUUCAAUGUGUCCGCUUUGGAGAGGAUCAAUGUCAAGGAACUUCUGGAACAUAUUGUUGAACAAAUUAAAAUACCUAAUCGCAAUAGAGAGGCACCAUUCGUAAUGUACUCUGAUCACUGCUUUUCUAUAAAAGGGCAAGGGACCAUUUGCACGGGUACUGUAAUGCAAGGCUCCAUUGCCGUCAACGAUGUUAUCGAAAUACCUUCUGUAAAGGAACAACGCAAAGUUAAAUCUAUACAAAUGUUUCACCGACCAGUGCAAUCUGCAGCGAUGGGGGAUCGAGUAGGUAUUUGCGUGCCACAAUUUAAUGCGAAGACAAUGGAGCGUGGCAUACUAACACAACCAGGAUAUUUGCACAAUGUUUACGCGGCAUGUGUUCGUUUAAAUCGAAUCCGGUUUUACAAAUUCGCUAUACGUUCCAAGAGCAAACUGCACAUAACAAUUGGACACGAUACAGUUAUGGCGAACAUUACUUUGUUUAAGAGUAUUAAUAACAAAGCAGUUGAAGAAUUCGACUUGAAUAAUGAAUACGAAUUUAUUGAAGAGCUAGAACCAGCAACCAGUGUUCAGGAGGAAGAGGUUACUUUUGCUUUACUUGAAUUUCAGACACCCAUACUUGCUGAUCCUAAUGCAACGUUAAUUGCAGCCAAAUUGGAUUUGGAUGGGCAAAGCAAUUGUUGUCGCUUGGCAUUUUGGGGUCGUAUGAGUUGGUAUACAUAUUCCAACAAAUACGUUUUAGAUGAGUUGCCGAAAUUCAAAGUGUUCAAGCGAAAAUUAAAGCAGGGUUUCAUUCAACGGCUGGUGAAUGAUAAUGAAGCGAUUGUUGAAAAUUUAUUCAGUAAACAGGGUAACCGAGAUAUGUAUGUAGGGAAGAUAGUGGAAUUAUCGACAGGCGAAAAAGGACACAUCGAAAGCACCUUUGGACAAAAGUCCAAGGUGAAAGUGCAUUUUCCGAACGGCCUGAAAGUGGAAACAUUGAAUGAGUUGAAAGGCGGUCGCUUUAGUAGUUGUAAAGUUUUGCUUAAGUUUAAAAAAUAUAUUUUCAACAAGCAAAUGACUCUUGUACAAUAAAACGAAAACAAAAAAAAAUUAUCGGUACUAAAAUUUGUAUGCGCUAAUU